UUCUAGUUCUCUUCCUCCACCUUUUUCCUUAGAAAGAAACCAAACAAAACAAAACAAAACAAAAACACAUCAUUCUUUUCCUCGUUACUAAUCUGUGUAGCUAAGAAAGAAGGAACACAAGGAAGAAGAGAGAGAGAGACACACACAAAAACAAAGGACCAAAGCAAGAAAGAAAGAAAGAAAGAAAGGGAGUUUGAAGAAAGAAAUGGGAAGUACAAUCCCAUUAUUCAAAGAACAAUCCUUAUUUGUAAUCACCAAGAAGCUUCUUCCAUGGACACUCUAUGCUUUGCUUCCAUUAGCUCUACUUCGCUUGUACUUCUACCCUUUACCCCUUCCUCCUUCCCCAGAAACUGAACUUCCCCAUUCAUCAACCCCCAUCACCAUAGCUACCCACUCUUCUCUUUCUUCUUCAACCUCUCUUCCUCUUUCUUCACCUUCAUCAACUUCAGAAAAGGAAAAAGGUGGUGAUGAUGAAACAUCAUGCGACUACUUCAAUGGAGAAUGGGUCCGUGAUUUGAGAGGCCCUUUGUACAAUGGAAGCACAUGCAGCACCAUUAAAGAAGGCCAGAAUUGCAUCAAACAUGGAAGACCUGACUCAGGGUACCUUCAUUGGAGAUGGAAGCCAAGCCAAUGCAAUCUUCCAAGGUUUGAUCCUAAUGCUUUUCUCCAACUUGUUAGAAACAAGCACAUAGCUUUUGUUGGUGAUUCAAUGGCUAGGAACCAAUUAGAGUCCCUUCUUUGCAUGUUAUCAACUGUUUUGGAACCUAACCUUGUAUACCGCAAUGGGGAGGAUAAUAAAUUCCGGAAAUGGCAUUUUGUUUCCCACAAUGCAAGUGUGUCUGUGUAUUGGUCACCUUUUCUUGUUCAUGGUGUUGAGAAAUCUAGUUCAGGGCCUAAUCAUAAUGUGUUGCAUUUGGACCGUGUUGAUGAGAGGUGGGGUAAGGAUAUGGACCGAAUCGACUUGAUUGUGCUUUCGAUCGGUCAUUGGUUCUUGCAUCCUGCUGUUUAUUACGAGGGCGAUUCGGUUCUCGGAUGCCAUUAUUGUCCCGGUCUUAAUCACACUGAAAUUGGGUUCUAUGAUGUAUUGAGGAAGGCUUUGAGGACUACACUUAGUAGCAUAAUUGAGAGGAGAGGUGGUGGUAGGGAAAAUAAUAAUGGGAUUGAUGUGAUUGUGACAACUUUUUCGCCGGCACAUUUUGAGGGUGAGUGGGAUAAGGCCGGGGCUUGUCCGAAGACUAAGCCAUUUAGGAACAAGGAGAAAGAGCUUGAAGGGAUGGAUGCCGAUGUGAGGAAGAUUGAGAUCGAAGAAGUGGAAGCUGCUAAGGAAAGAGGGAAAGAGUUUGGAGGAUUUAGGUUGGAGGCAUUGGAUGUGACAAGAUUAGCAUUGUUGAGACCUGAUGGACAUCCUGGUCCUUACAUGUACCCUUUUCCAUUUGCUAAUGGGGUUCAAGAGCGAGUUCAAAAUGAUUGUGUUCAUUGGUGCUUGCCGGGGCCUAUAGAUACAUGGAAUGAGAUCUUUCUGGAGAUGAUGAAGAAGUGGGAGCGAACGACCGUGGAGUGAAUGAAAGCCGAGGUACUUCCUCUGCUUCAAAAUAACAUUAAUUUGGAUAAGAUUAUACAUUGAACUUUCAAUGUCCUGCUUUAUCUAGGUUGAUUGUUAUUAUGAAACAGAGUAAUUUUUUCCUGCUAUCUUGUUAAUUUUAGUAGUGUUUUUUUAUUAUUUUAAAUUUUUUAAUAUGUUACUGUAUUUAUCACUUGAAUGUUAGAUAUUGAAUUGGGAAGGAUCAAUUUUGUUGUUGGUAGAAAGAACAAAGAACAAAUAAGGGAUUCUUUUGUAUUUGGUAAAGAGAAAUUUUAACGAAUUAGGGAGUGGUUGGUUUACUCUUCUAUUCUUUGUUGGGGCUAUGUUCUUCCAUGAUGGAAAAAGCACUAUCUAUUGAUAGAGAAAUGGGGAAUGACAAAUUAAUAAGGGUGCAAAGCAUUGAUGUUUUUGGAAUGUGACAAUGUGUGUAGAAUGAUCAUUUAGAAGAAUGUACAAAACAAUUUAAUGUGGACUUGUGAACGAGUUCCAAACCCAUAGGGCAUGUCUUUUUCCUCCUUCCACAAUUUGGUAGGCAUCAUUUUUGCCUGGUGCUGGUGGGUUAUUUAUUUCUCUCAUUUGUUUGUGUCAA